GAGUGAUGUGAACCUGUUGUCAUCUGGCAUUUACGGUCAGCCACGUGCAGAUAACCGAUAAGCCAGGUGGCAGCUUCGGUGGGCUGUCGAGUUCCGAAUUCCUCUCGCCCACCACAAAAUAAACCUGCUGGCAGCUUUUAUUAGGGCCGCUCGGCCACCUUUGAUCAAAAAACCUGACGGUCCGGAAACCUGCCCCGACGAAGAGCCCGCAUCAAUCCCUCCUCUCCGACGCGACGAAAUCCUGUUGGCCAUCCCCAAAUCCAUCCUUGAGGCCCUCGCCAAUUUGUGCUCCUCCUAGUCACGCGCCGUUCCGUCUGGACCGGCCACCCACCACCCACUUACCCCCCCCCCGGCUUGAUCGUGACACUGACAACUCCCGACAUCACCAACAUCUACGCCGACGCCGACGCCGCAACGACGAACCGUCAUCCUACAGCAUCACCGCAGCUCCAAGCCCCGGCCGGACGCCGAGCUGGAGAGGCGCGGCAACAGCCGCAAUCGACGCGCCCAUGUUGUGGUUCUUUCGCAUCGUCUUCAGUUCCGUCUUCCUUCUAGCCAUCGUCCUCUCCAUACCCAUAUCCUUCGAUGUAGGCGGGCGAGAUAGCGGGCUGGCCUACAGCCUCUCCCUCUUCGUCUUCUACUUCCUCUACAGCUGCGUCAAGCUUGCCACCCCCGAAAACUCGCGCAUACGAUGGUCUGUCGCCAAGCUUCUCCAGGCCUCCCAGUGGAUAGUCAUUCCCAGUCUCCUCAUAUGGUCCCUAAAUAGCUUUGCUGUCGACGCGAACAGCACCGAUUGGGUGUCGAGGACGAUCGGCGGCCUCGGCAGCCAGAAGCACACCACCUGGUCCGACUGGUUCUUUGGCAAUGGUGGAAUAGUAGAAUCGGUCACUUUCGGCAGUUGGGAUAAGACGCUCCGAUACUCGAGUCCGGUGUUCCAGUUGGCCGAAGGCUUCUGCACCCUCUUGGUCAUCCAGGCGGCAGGCCAAAUUUCAAGAUGGCUUGUGAAUAGGGGACGGAGCGACACCUGGAUCCUCCUUCUCCUGAUUCUAUCUGCCUCUAUCAUUGCUAGUGCCCUCUACUUCCUCUGGCGGGUAACCAACUUCCCCUCUAUCAACAACGUUGACGCCUCGCUCAUCGGCGUUACCGUCACCUCGGCUGCGUUUCUAAGCGCUAUAGGGAUUCUUACCGGUCGUGGGAAUCCUGUCGAGUCCUCUCUUCUCUUCUCCUACGUCGUCCUGUGUGUCUACCAGAUAUUUACAGACUAUGCGCAAUCGCCAGAGGCCCAGGCCCAGGCCGCUGAGCAGGCCGCGAGCCAACCCGAAUUCCCCCCCCUACCACCUAUUAUCAUGGCAAGCUACUCGACCCUCCUCCACCUGUUCAGGAUGUUGCCGUCCGCGGUAUAUUCCUCCUUGACCUUCCUCCACGCCGCCUUUCAGACCAUCGCGCCCUCGGUCAUGAUCUCGCUGGUGUACCGACUCAUCGUCUUCUACUGCGCAACUCGUAUUAUCCCUGCCGUUCGUGCGUCAGGUGCUAGGGCCCUCAUGCAAGAACCCUCCCUGGACGACUCGGACGAGGCAAACCGCCUUCUGGGCAUCCUUUCUUGGUUCUCGCCAUCGAUACUCAUCGCUGUGUACACCAGCCUCCUACUGCAGCAUUUCUCUACUAGCAACAGUGACGACAGCUGGACACUUCGACACGGCGAUGCAGGAGGGAACACCUGGCGGUGGGUCAAUGUCGCCGCAACAAUGGGUCUGUAUGCUGUCGAGCUAUACCUAGGUAGCGAUGACGCAGAUAGCGGCUUGGUUAACCAUUGGAAGACCGACUAGGUAUUAGUGACCAUCUCUGCCAUGUUUGGACCCGGUUCGGAGAAUGAGGGAAGGGUUGAGAUUUUUAUUCGCCUACGGUAUAGUGCAGAUCCGACGGAUGGGCGAUGAAGAGCUUGUCGGAGAGCGAGAGAGAAAGAGAGAGUAGCAUAUAUUUUAACCUCCGCCGAUGAUCGCUGCCGUCGGAAGUCAGCAGCACCACAGGGCAGGGUAAGUCGUCUAUUUAGGAGAGGAUGGUUCACAGCACUCGGCGUUACGGGCAUCAGGGACAGUAUACCAUUCCGCUGAAUUCGACACCUUUUUUUUCCGGUCACAAUCGCGCAGCAAAUCGCACCGAGUAUACUGUGCACCUGCAAGAGGUUGGUACAUAUUAGGUGGUUACUAUAAGGCGGCAGCCGCCGAGGCACGUAAUUAAUGAAAGAAAAAAAGAUGACCUGUCAAAAGAGACUACGUCUCUUUGGGACCCUGGACGAAGAUGUACAUAGUCGAACUAGGCCGGCCUGGAGAUGCUCGUGCAGGGGCGUCGAAUCAUAGCGGAUUGAGCUUGGCCAAAAAUUCUCCCAACGCAACUUGAUCA